AUGAACGCGUCUAAUGGUAAGGCGUUAUCAUCGAAGAAGAUAGAACGGUACAUUAAAUUUAAGCAUGAAGAACAAAUAGAUUUAGCAAUCAAAAAAGAUCGCGGUAGCGAAAUAUUUUAUGAUCUUACAAAAGGGCAGACAUCGUCAUUCAAGGCAGGUCUAAGGUCCGAUUGA